AUGUCGGGAGUUAAUGGGGGCAGCGCAUCGCGCUCCACCAGUAGCAUUCGUGGUUAUCCAGCUCAGUCCGUAUUUAUUGAUCUCACAGACGAUAGUGAUGAAGAUAAGAAGCGCAAUGGGAAUCGUAGUGAGGAGCGUCAAGAGAAAUUCAAAGAGAUUCCCACGCAGAACCCGAGAGAGAUACCCAAGGAGAAAAGUAACAAGUCUUUCAUUGACUUGUGUUCAUCGUCUGAUGAUGAACCUUCUGCGCCGCUAACAUCAAAGGCGAAGGCGAAGUCAACCAAAUUGUCAGCCAGUAGUUCAGCAACAUCGACAGAAAAGCUGCCAGUAAAGACACAAAAGUAUAAGACUGGGGGAACAUAUAGCCUUUCAUCGGACGGUGAAUCUGAUGAUGAAUUCCAUAAAAACCUAUCAGAAUCAAUUUCAAAGCAGAAUAGCGGGAUGCAGGCAACGUUUUCUUCUCCACGACAAGACACUGGCCGCACUGCCCGCAAGACAGUGGUCUCACAUCGAAAGUCUAACUCAGGAUCAGUUGUGGGCCAGCAGUCAAGUCCAAAAGCUAGUGCGCAGCCAGCAUCCGAUCUCUCGAAGAUGGAUUCAAAGAUUGCCAAGGAAGUUAGCACAGAAAGGCUCCCAUCCAGCAACGCUGUUGCACCGCUCCCUUCGGACACUUCGUCUCUGAGAAACGACCCUGCUACAAGUAGUGUUCCUACCAGACUGGUGCCUAAAAGAGUUUCAGCGACGAUCAGGCAAUACUCUAGAUCGCCCGAGAUCAAAGAAUCUCCACUUUCUACGAGAACAUCCACAUCAAGAAUGUCAGACAAACAAAAUCAAAAUGACAAUGAUGAAUUUGCAAUUCAAAACGAUUUUGCAGCUCAGAAGGAACUUGAGUCGCGAAAGGCUGCAGGGCACUUGCGAGGAUCGCGGACGAGAGGAGCAACUGGGUCUUCUGAAUCAACAGCAAAGCGAGACAAGAGCCCCAGCUCAUUUAUAACAAAUGAGCUCUCUGAGCCCAAUCUUAAAGUCAAGGGAAGAGAUAUAGAGAAUGACGCGGGCCAGCUUGGGAAAAACAGAAGAUCGAAAGAGAGGAGCGCUCAAAAUACCGACGAAGAAGCUGUAGAUGAUGACAUUGGUGAUGGUGAGGAUGAUUUUCGAUCAAUACUACAGAAGAGAAUGACAAGAGGUCAAACAUCAAGCAACGUAACUUCGAGGCCUGCAUCUACCCGCUCUAAUUCACCUUCUCUCAGAGUGCAAGAAGGGGAGAGACGUGGACGAUUGGCAUCAUCUAUCCCGAGAUCAAGAGGAAAGUCCCCAGUCCUAGAUGCAUUGUCUGACAUGGUAUCGCGAGAGUUGUCCGCAAAGGAGAUCAAAGCAAGUUUGGUAAAACUAGGGGAGACAGGAAUGGAAGAUUGGGGAUUCAGCCUUGAGCGUCACUUGGAGAAACUACAAUUGCGGCCCCUUGCAGCGUCAAAUAUAUCUUUACAUGAUGAUGGCGAGAAUCCUUUUGCAUCUUUCACGGCGCAAGACGAAACUUUUGAUGAUGCUAUCGAUCUAAUCACACGAACAUCCAAGAAAGCGAAAACUUCAAAUUAUGUAUGCCCACAGAUAAUGGGAGAUGGUGACGUAAAGCGAACGCCGAGCUACACUCAUCACAUCAACGUCACACGAAAUCAUAUAACAGGAGAUGAUGAUAUCCUGCGGUAUGUUCCAUUGGUUGUUCAGAAUGAAGAGAAAGCUAUGAAUAAAUUCGAAAGGGAAUUGAAUACAGCGUACACAGAAAGGCUUGAUAACCCAAGAGUGAAAGAACAAAUAACCCAAAUAAACAGGCGAGUAGUUGUCGCAUUAAGCAACAUAGGAUUCGACAACAAUUGUGAUAUGGACACGCUCGUUCAAUACUUUUUGGGACAUCAGUCUGAUAAAAUACCAUAUCCUACCAGAGAGAAACAAUUGGUCCUAAAAACACUUGGUGGCCCUCUAUCUGGCCACUUAUUGAAGAGAAUGGCUAUGGUCGCUGAGGUAUUGGCUGAAUACUUCAAGAUUGAUCUGGAAACUGUGGUACUAUCUCAAUCCCAGUUCAAAGCUUACAUUGAGAGAUCAACUUCUGAGUUGCACAAACGAUCUGACGAACCAUCAGCUCGAUUAGAGACAACGGCCCAAUUUACCUGUUUAAUAUGCCAAGGUGCUGCAUGCACAACGCAUGGUGAGUAUAAUUACCAAAGGAUCAAUAAGGACAUUCCUAGUGAAGAGAAUUCCUCUGAGAUUGGUUCUCCUCAGCAAUCAUACUUCAAUAAGUUUGAUUACGAGUAUGCGUGGGAGAAAUCUAUCAUGCAUUUGCCAGAUGUCUUACGGAAACAUAACGGCCGAGACCAUAGUGAUGAGGAUUGGCAUCCGGAGCUUUGGAACACAGAAAAAGACAUUGUCGAAGCAUGUAAUGAUGAAUGUUACAGUGGAUGGAAAGACUGGACAAACUAUUCUUGGACCGAAGAGGAAGAAAAUGAGUUGAAAGAUGCACUUAUAAUCAAACCUAGUAGACCAUGCGUUCUUGUGGAGAUUCUCGAAAAGCCCUGCUGGCAGAUUUAUUCCAAGAUUCUAGAGCUCGAGGACAAAGCCCCUAUGAGCAGAAGUAAGAGUCACCAGCCGAGCGAACGAGUAGAGUGGUACAAUCCCAAGGCCGUACCUCGCAAUCGUGGCCUCAAACCGGGUUGGCAAGAUAGCACCAUGGCACACUUGCACGAACUACGCUCCCAACCUGUUCCUUGCGUACACGAAGGGCCCUGUAGUCGGGAGAUGAAAUGCUAUUGCGCUCUCAACAAUCUUCUCUGCGAACAAUUCUGUGGUUGUUCAGAUCGUUGUGAACGACGAUUCGCCGGUUGUUCUUGUCAUUCGACGGGUCUUGCUUGCGCCUCUGAUACAUGCAUAUGCUUCCAAAUGAACCGCGAAUGCGGCGAUCAAUGCAAUACCUGUGGAGCAAUCCCUCGGAUUCGCCCGCAGAGCCGUCAUAAGAACGAACUUUUUCAGUAUGGUUGUCAAAAUAUAGCCUUGCAACGGGGCGUGAAUAAGAAACUAAUUCUCGGGAAAUCUCCAAUCGAAGGAGCUGGCUUUGGACUUUUCACUGCAGAGCCUGUCAAGAAAGGGGAUUUCCUAAGCGAAUACACAGGAGAAUUGAUUUCUGAUAACGAAGCCGAACGCAGAGGAGUGGAAUACAAUGCAAAGUUCAUGAGUUUUCUGUUUAACUUGAAUAAAGAAUGGACGAUAGAUGCUAUGCGGAUGGGCAAUAAAACGAGAUUCAUAAACCAUGCGGGAUCAGAAGCCGAUGGGAUGAACUGCGCUGCAAGGAUUCUAUUGGUUAAUGGAGAGCAUAGAAUUGCGUUCCGGGCCACUCGAGAUAUUCUCAUUGGGGAGGAAUUACUUUUCGACUACGGUCGCAAUUUUGCGGAGCUAUACGGCUUGAAUAAGAAAAGUGCGAAGGGGAAAGGAAAAUUACCCAAGACGAAUAAAGCCACGUUGAAUAGACUGGGUGGAAAUAGCGGUAAAGGAACGGUGCCGAGAACAGUAGCAGCGAAGAGAAAGGGCUGGCAGAAAGGAAGACCAAGAAAAGCGAGUAAAAAGGCGAAGGUUCUAGAAUAUGAUAUUGCGGGACCAUCGAAUGCUGCAUACCCCGGUGAGGAAGAGGCUGGUAAUGGCGAUGAGAUGAUGGAUUCUACUCGCAAUCUCAACGACAAAAUGAUACAAGAUAGCGAUGCCGAAGACGAGAUGUUGCGUGGUCAAGGUUCAGAUAUCGAGAUGGGCGAUGCGGACGAGGAAGAAAAUGAAAAUGAAAAUGAAAAUGAGAAUGAAGAUGAGGAUGAAGAAGCAGCAGACUUUGCGGUGAGAAGAACAGCUCGUCGGGCAAAGAUUCCUUUGAGGUAUACGCGAUGA